ACAUACACACACACACACACACACACACACACACACACACACACACGCACACGCACACACUAAGGACCCUCAGUAAGCAGGUGAUUCUGGCCAUGACCCAUAUUGUGGAGAGCAUUCUGAUACAUAUUGCGUGACCUUGUCUCGAGGCUCAUUUGUUCCACUGACAGCUCACCAUGACCGAGCAGCCGACACCGGCUCUCUGCUCACCGGAACCAGAAUUAUUCCAGCUUGACGUCGGCGCUGUGAAUGCAGGGGAGGUGGGAGCUGUGGCUAUUUAAAGAGGGUCAUCCAGUCACGGAUAAAUAGCAGAAGGUCCACGUCGUUGAGUAACAGCCUCUAAAUGGUUUUCAUCCUGCACUGUGUAUCUGUCCGUGUCUUCGUAUUGUGUUCGAGUCCAGACUGAGCCGGCUUCACUCCUGUGACAACCACCCGUCGACCAUCGGUCCAGUCUCCCAGCUCCUCUCAUUGAUCUAUUCUCCGUUCUUUUCUUUUAUUCUUUAACAUCAGGGGAUAGGUGCAAAAUGGGCAAAGAUUACUAUAAGACGUUGGGUAUCUCUAAAGGAGCCACAGACGAGGAUAUUAAGAAAGCUUACAGAAAACAAGCGUUGAAAUGGCACCCCGACAAAAACAAGUCUGCAGCCGCCGAGGAUAAAUUUAAGGAAAUCGCCGAGGCAUAUGAAGUCCUUAGUGAUCCGAAGAAAAGAGAAGUUUAUGAUCAGCAUGGAGAAGAAGGUCUCAAGGGAGGAAGUGUUCCCACUGGUGACGGGCCAGGCAACAACUUCACCUACACCUUCCACGGGGACCCUCACGCCACCUUCGCCACUUUCUUCGGGGGUUCGAACCCCUUCGAGAUGUUCUUCGGGCGUAAAGCCAACGGACGAGACGACGAUGACAUGGAGGUGGACGGAAACGACCCCUUCGGCUCCUUCACCAACUUCAACAUGAACGGAUUCCCUCGGGACGGGCAUGUCGGCCCUGGAGGGCCGCAGCGCCGGAAGCAGGACCCGGCCAUCAUCCACGAACUGAGGGUCUCCCUGGAGGAGGUCUUCCACGGCUGCACCAAGAAGUUGAAGAUCUCUCGCCAAAGGCUAAAUCCAGAUGUCAGGACCAUGCGCAAUGAAGAUAAGAUACUCACUAUCGAGAUCAAGCGGGGCUGGAAAGAGGGAACCAAGAUCACGUUCCCGCGGGAGGGAGACGAGUCUCCCAAUACCAUUCCUGCGGACAUUGUUUUCGUCAUCAAGGACAAGCCACACCCUCACUUUAAGCGGGAGGGCUCAAACAUUGUGUAUCCUGUGCGCGUGAGCUUACGACAGUCGUUAUGUGGAUGCUCGGUUACCGUGUCAACGAUAGACGGGCAGACGUGCAACAUGAAGAUCACUGAUGUCAUCAAGCCUGGCAUGAGAAAGACUGUCGCAGGACAGGGUCUCCCCUUACCCAAAAACCCAGAGCAGAGAGGAGACCUGGUGGUGGAGUUUGACGUUAACUUUCCUGAGGUGUUGCCCGGCAACGCCAAGGACGUCCUGAAACGGCAUUUACCUGCUUAGGAUGAAGGACACGGACUGAACGAGGACAAAGGACACGGAUUGAAACGAGGACGAAGGACACAGACUGAACUGAGAUAAUCGCAUGAUUGCGUCAGCCCUCGUUAACCAAACACCCUCACACAAACAUACACGCACACAAGGACGGAUUUGACACUUCACAGAUGGACCCCUAGGACGAAUGUGCGAUUUCUAUUUUUAAGCUAUGUGGUGCUUUAUAAAUGCCGUGCAUGCUGCCAAGUUGAUAGACGUGCAAGACUGUUUGGGUUGUCGAUAUCUGAAAGAAACACAUUUCAUGUCUGUGGGUCUUUGCCACAAUCACUUUAUCUUUUUGGAAAUAUUUGGUAGUGAGUGAGUCUACAGUUGCCAAACAGUACAUAAUCUUCUCUCAUUUAGAUUUGACAGGCUUCAUUAAUGACAUUCUUUCAGUAUUUGUUUUGUCAUGUAGAGAGACAGGCCUCAAUUUGGAGGCUCUUAACAUUUUUGUACAGUUUGUUCAAGAGGAAAGUGGUUGAAUGGACUGGAUCGUCAUGUGUGCAUUUUAGAAACGUACAUGUGAAGAUACUGAACUUGAAUUUUAAAAUAAAUAUUUCCACAUG